UUUUACUAGCCAUAAAAUGCUAGUACAUAAAUGCCUUAAACGAUUUAUUUUUUUAAUUUUAUUUUUAAUCUCGUUAUCGUCCCUAAACAGUGCAACACGCACUGAACGUGAAGGGAUUAAUGGGCAAGAUGUUGGCGUUAAUAUUGAGUGGCUAACAGACGAUCAACUGAGCGAAUUGAGCGAAACAGAAGGCCGCCCAGCUCGCCUAGUUAAGCUUAAACAAUUUUAUGACGCAUUGGAAGACAGCAAAGCCAAGACUGAAGCAACGAACAAAAUUGUAGAACAGUGCUAUGAUUGGUUAAGUGAAGUGGUUAGUGAGGAAGAGAAGAGUGAACUUGAACAGUUGCAUGAAGCAAAUCAUGAGGAAUGCCACAAAAAAGUCCAUGAAUACUUAAACAGAUUGGGGGAAGACAAAAGGGGGCAAAUCGAGGAGAAACUUCCCUUCUGUGAACAUGUUUGGUAUGGGCAGGCACAUAAGCAUGAGCAUCCGGAAAAUAAUUCCGGAAAGGAAGAAGAUAAAACUGAAGCAAAGGAAGAGAAUAAAGUAGAAGAGAAAAAGGAAGAGGAGCAUCAUGAACACCAUCAUGCUAAGAAGCGAUGGGUUCAUCGUCAUCGUCGCGACCACGAUCAUUUUGCCCAUGAUGAUGGAGUCCACGAGCAUCACGAACUCGAAGACUAUUUACGCACACAUCUCUCCUGGUUAACAGACGAACAAAAAGCUGAGAUGCGUUCUCUCAAAGCGGAGGGUGCCGGAAAAGAAUCUUUACGUUCAAAAGCAAUGCAAUAUCUCGAACAGAGUACAGGAGAACAAAGAAAUGAAGCAAUAAAACAAUUGGUUAGUGGAUGUAGAGAAUUGUUGCGUAGAUUGUUUGGAGCUGAAGCAGCUGAAGAAUUGAAGCAAAUGAGGGAGAGUGGAACGACUUAUGAGGAACUGGAAGUAAAAAUUGGGAAAUUGACUGAGGCUUUGGAUGAUGAAGGGAAAAGACAAAAGGCUCGAGAUUAUGGCCCAGCAUGUAAACGAAUAUUUGCUUUGAGCAUGGCGGUACCCCCAACAUCUUCUCGCCGUCGUAGAGAAUGUGCUCAAUGUUCUGAACGUUUAAAACAUGCAAUAAAAACACACCUUUCUUGGCUCAGCGAUGAACAAAAGGCUGAAUUAAAAGCUGAUGAGAUUGCAGGGAAGACGAGGGAAGAAACGAAAGAAAAAGUAAUGAAAUGGUUUGAAGCUAUUGGUGAUGAAUCUGAAAAGGAAAAGGCUAGAGAAUUGAUGAAGGGUGGAUGUCGGGAAAUGAUUAAGGAGAUUCUUGGAGAGGAAGCAGCAUCCAAGAUAAAGCAAAUGAAAGAAAGUGGAGCUACACCUGAAGCAUUAACAGCAGAAGUAGAUAAACUUAUGGGAGAGAUUACAGAUGAAAAGAAGAAGGAAACGGCUGCAUUAUACUCUUCUGCAUGUAAACAAGUAUUUGGAAUUAAGGCUUCGAGAAAACGACGUGAUCAUCAUCAUGGGCAUGGAGGAGGGCACACUUUAGAGGAUUACUUCAAAACUCAUUUAAGUUGGAAACGAAGAGAUCAUCAUCAUGGACAUGGAGGAGGACAUACUUUAGAAGAUUACUUCAAAACUCAUUUAAGUUGGUUGGAUGAUGGGCAAAAGGAGAAUCUUAAAACAAUGAAAGGAGAGGGAAAGACGAGGGAGGAAAUGCAGAAGAAGGUUAUGGAAUGGUUCAACAAAUUGGAAGGGGAACCAAAAACGAAAGCAUUAGAAUUAAUGCAGACUGGAUGUCGAGAACUUUUAAAAAUAAUACUUGGGGAGGACAAAGCUAUUGAAGUUAAAAACAUGAAAGAAGCUGGAACUGAUUUAAAUUUAAUAAGUAAUAAAAUAAAUGAAUGGAUUAAUGAAUUGAGUGAAUCUAGCCAUUUACGAAAAUUGGCAGAAGAAUACAAACCUGUUUGUAGUCAAAUUUUUGGGGUUGGAGAAAAAUCUGUGAGCAGAAAGAGGCGAUCUUGGAAGGAUAUUUAUGGGAAGAAGAAGUUAAAUAAUAGAAGAAACGACGAUGAAGAGGAGGGAGAGGAUGAAGGAUACUCAAACCCGAGAGUGUCUAAUAUUGAAGAUAAUGAAGAACAAACACAGACGGAUAUUGGAGAUGACGGUGAAGACCAUGAUUUUGGCGAUGAACACUUAAAUGCACACAAAAAAUGGCUCACUUCAAGUCAGAAGCGUCAUAUAAAAAGAAUGAAAGAUAAGGGACACGAGGACCAUGAGAUACAUGAUAAAAUAAAUGAAUUUCAUGAAACUUCGCCUGAGGAAGUUAAGAGAACAGCACAAGGCAUUCUCAAAAGAGGAUGUGAGUCUGUAUUUCAACGCUUAUUCGGAGAAUAUAUUGCUGACGAAAUUAUCCAAGCACGUGAACAGGGAGCUUCUACGGCCGAACUUGACGAGAAAAUAAACACAGCUUUAGGGCAUAUUAAAAAUGCGAAGAAGAGGAGAGAGGCGACCCGUUUCGCUGCUACAUGCCGUCGAAUAUUUACUAUGAUUGAGCGACGUCGCAGAUCUGCUACCCCAAUUGAGGAACGAACUUUGGAGGAACUUUUCUCUUCUCAUUUAAGUUGGCUAACUGAAGCACAACAAGAGGAAUUGAGGAGGAUUAGGGAUGAAGGCUUAGGGCGAACUGAAAUGCAAGAACGUGUGGUCGAGUGGUUGGGGGAGCUGUUAGGAAAUGAACGGGCAAACGCUAUGGAACAGUUAAGAGAAGGUUGCACUCUGCUUCUCUUCCAAGUUUAUGGAACCGAUAAGGCCAACGACCUAAUAAAGCUGAAAAAUCAAGGCGCUCCAAAACACGAAAUAGCCUUACGCCUACUUGACGAAGAACAGAAGCAUUCUAAAGCUUUUGGGCCAGUUUGCAGACAUUUCUUUAUUGAGGGGAAUUAUUAA